AUGGAUCCUUUAUCUGCCCUUAGCCUCACGUGCAAUAUAUUGGCCGUGGUCGAGUUCACUUGGAAGCUGCUGACUGGGGCAGAUGAAAUCUACAAGUCCAAGUCGGGCGGUAGUGCCAAGACUGUGUUUAUUGAAGAUCUCACCGUUAAGAUCAUUGGCCUCAAUGAUGUAUUGAGCAAAUCACGCGUGAAGACUCCUGAUUUGGAGGCGCUGGUGACACAGACUCGGGAUUUGGCGUCAGAACUACUCCGCGCCUUGGUUUCGGUCAAAGUGAAUGGACAGCACUCUAAAUGGGAGAGCUUUGCAGCCGCGUUAAGGGAGGUCUGGGGUAAGGGUGAGAUCAGAGACCUCACCGAUAGGCUCGAAAGUCUCCAGAGACAAAUCACGAGGCAUAUUCUUGUUUCCACCAGCCAACAAGUUCACGACACUCAGGAAAAAGUCUGCGAGAUUGCCGAAGCUAUUAGGAAGAUCGAAUCCAAUCUGGUCAAAUAUAGAGUCAAGGACACAAAAGAAUUCAAAACUUCCAAGGAACAGCUCCUUCAGACAGUCCAGCGGUGUGUUUCACUCAAUGACCAGCAUGUUGCAGACUUGAGAGCAGCCAUUCUGGGACAUGGCAGUCGUCCCGAAGAAAGAUCCAUAGAGACUGGCUUAACGAGUUCUCAGCUUGUCCUCGCGGCCGCCAAGCAGUUCACUGGUGCUGCGAACCCGGAGCGGAUUUACGACCAGUUUCUCCAGGCUAUACGCUUCAGCAGGAUCUUAUCUCGAUAUCAUAAUAUCAGUGACGCAUACCGCCAGACAUUUGAUUGGAUCUUCGAGGACUCAUCAUCAUCAGAUACUCUAACCAACAUCAAAUCAACAUUACGAGAAUGGCUGGAGACUGACAGCAAAAUAUACUGGCUUUAUGGAAAGCCGGGGAGUGGGAAAUCGACAUUGAUGAAGUAUCUCUGCGAUAAUCCCAAGACGAAGCAACACCUCCAGGUAUGGUCUGGUGGGAAUAAAGUCGUCAUAGCUAAGUUCUACUUCUGGAAUUCGGGUGACACUCUUCAGAAGUCUCAGGAGGGCCUUUUGCGCUCCAUCAUCUUCGAGAUGCUGUCUCAAAGUCAAGAUUUGAUCCCAUUAGUUUGCGACGCUGUCGACGGCUUCACUCACUUUGAUCAAGACGACAAUUCCUGGAAGUCAGACACACUUUUGGACAUGUUCAGGGUCAUAGCAAACUCCAUAAGGGUCAACUUUUGCCUAUUCAUCGAUGGACUGGACGAAUUCUUGGAUAAGACAGCAACACACCACGAUCUGUUGAAGACACUUGAAAUGAUGAGUUCCUCGCCACAUAUCAAAAUUUGUGUCUCAAGCCGGCCAUGGACGGUCUUCCGUGAUGAAUAUGGGGACGAAGCUCAUCUUAAAUUGGAGGACGCAACACACGAUGACAUCGAACAUUACGUGACGGACAAGUUCAAUCAGCAUGCACAGUUUCAAGUACUGAUGUCUCGAGAUCCAGAGUAUGCUCAAAUAAUCACUCAAGUUGUAGACCGAGCUCAAGGGGUUUUCCUCUGGGUAUAUCUGGUUGUUCGUACACUUCUCGAGGGGAUUACGUACCACGACUCACUUUCCACACUACAACACCGACUAGAGGCCAUUCCGCCAGAUUUGGAGCCGUUCUUCCAGGUCCUCAUAGAUUCUGUCUCUCCGAUAUACCACAGGCACAUGUCUCGUUACUUUGCGAUCGCUACAUCAUCCAGUCAGCCUCAGUCUGCUAUGAUGUACUCUUUCUUGGAUGACGUUGGGGAAAAUCCAGCAUUUUCAAUGAAUCUCAGAUGCAAAGAAAUGGAGAACGAAGACUUUAUGGACCGAAUAGAUGAGUUGCGGCGGAGGCUUGACGGUCGAUCUCGAGGCCUCUUGGAGUUGGGAACUUCCACACGAUCCAUCGUACAGGAUGGCUUUUUCAUAUGCGAAGUGAACUUUUUGCAUCGAACGCUCCGCGAUUUCCUGUUAGACUACCACGGCAUCCACGAGACGUUCAAAAAACGGCUGGGAAAAGAAAACCCUGCACUGACGGCCUGUUAUGCUAUCCUUGCUCUAAUGAAGACGGCGCCUUUUCCCGGCGUUGGAGAGAUGAGUGGUCGGUCAAGGAAGCAUCCAAUGUAUGACUACACACAUAACCUGUUCUUUUUUGCGUCAGCGUCUACCAUGAUUUCAAACUCAGAAAUGGAGCUGCUGAGUAUUAUUAUCAAAGCAGACAGGGUGUUUCGCGCCGAAGCGGUCAAGCACGUCUGGAUGGAUAAAGACUCCUGGUUUCUCGGCCUGGCUUCUGCAUUCGACUUCCUCCCUUACGUGAAGUGGAGGUUGGAAGUAAGGAAUCACUUACCUGAAGCGAAACAUGAACCCAGCUCUUAUCUCACUGAGGCGCUGGACGUGGCGUUGAAUUUCGAGAUCCAGCAGCCUCUGAAAACAGCAUACACGCAACAGGCGCAGAAAGACCGCCUAGACGCAGCAGACAGUGUUCCUUGCCACUGCAUCUCUCUUCUACUGCAAGCCGGCGCGAAACCCAAUGAAAUCCCGCAAAGAUCUUACAGUAGACUCGAAGGGACUGUGUGGAGCGCCUUCAUCUCGCAGCUCGAGUCAACAUCGGUGACCGAUCGCGACCAUGUGUACAAAGUCGCAGAAUUAUUACUCAGCCAUGGUGCAGACUGGAACGCCUCUUUCGACGGCCAAACCGUGGGAAUGAAACUCGUCGGGAUACUUGGUCAGGAGUUGACCGCGCAGCUUCAAGGUCAAUUUGGGAGAAGAACUUUGAGGAAUAAUAACACCCAAGCAGUCUCGGAUAAUAGCAUCCAAGAAGUCCCGGAAAACACGAAAGAUAGUCGGCGCAGAGCCUGUGAUAUAUGUUGUUUGAUGUAG